CUCUUCCUGCAUGAACCUGAAACCUCUACUGUUAAGCGCCUCUUUCGCCGCCGCGCCACUUCACCUGUCGUCCAUCCGUUGUGUCUUUCAUCCUGCUGGAGGCCCCCGGUCAAACUCUGCUGGUGCCUGGGACGUCCCAACAGAGCAAAACAGACGAGGGCCUGGAUUUACUUCAUCUGAGGCGGAAGCAAAGGGAGGAUUGGAUUUUGUAGUUUUUUUUUUUUUUCCCUCUCUUUUCUUUUGGUCCCUGUUCCUGGGCCCUGUUCCUGUAUCUAUGUGUGUGCAGGACAUGCACAGGAAAUCACAUUUUCUUUUGUUUAAGGUGUGAAAUAUGGAAGAACUGAGCUGAAGAUGGGAUCGGUAGAGUCAUACUUUGGCCGGUUGUGUGGGAAAGAGCAAGAGAAAGAGGAGGAGAGACUUUUUCGAGCCAACGACAGGCCUUUCAACCUCUCCUACCACUAUGCUGACAACGCCAUCAAGACCUCCAAAUACAACCUUUUCAGCUUCCUGCCUCUUAACCUCUUUGAGCAGUUCCGGAGGCUCGCCAAUGCCUACUUCCUCUUCCUCAUGGCCCUUCAGGUAAUCCCACAAAUCUCCUCUCUCUCCUGGUUCACCACGGCCGUGCCUCUGAUUUUGGUGCUGUCUAUAACAGCAGUCAAAGAUGCCAGCGACGACAUAAACAGGCACAAAAGCGACAAGCAGGUGAAUAACCGCAUGGUGAAGGUCCUCAUCGAUGGAGAACUGAGAAAUGAGAAAUGGUUGAAUGUUCAGGUUGGAGACAUAAUCAAACUGGAGAAUAAUCAGUUUGUCACAGCGGACCUUCUGUUACUAUCCAGCAGUGAGCCUCUCAACCUGGUCUACGUAGAAACGGCUGAAUUAGAUGGUGAAACCAAUCUGAAGGUGAAACAGGCCCUGACUGUAACUGGAGAUAUGGGAGACAGCAUCGAUGCACUGGCUGGCUUCAAUGGUGAAGUGCGAUGUGAGCCUCCCAACAACCGUCUCGACAAGUUCAAAGGAACCCUGACCCUGGACGGACAAACCUACUCUUUGGACAACGAUAAGGUGCUGCUCAGAGGAUGUACUCUGAGGAACACGGAGUGGUGCUUUGGUGUGGUUAUCUUCGGAGGUCCUGACACCAAGCUGAUGCAGAACAGUGGGAAGACAACAUUCAAACGGACGAGCAUCGAUCACCUGAUGAAUGUCCUGGUGUUGUGUAUCUUUGGUUUCCUGGCGUCUAUGUGCACCGUUCUGGCCAUCGGCAAUGGAAUCUGGGAGGUGAGGGAGGGCUCAGUGUUCACAGCCUUCCUCCCUCGUGAACAAGGGGCUGACGCCGCCCUCUCAUCCUUCCUCUCCUUCUGGUCCUACGUCAUCAUCCUCAACACGGUGGUGCCCAUUUCUCUCUACGUCAGCGUGGAGAUCAUCCGGCUGGGGAACAGCUUCUUCAUAGACUGGGACAGGAAGAUGUAUUACCCCAAGAACGACACUCCCGCCCAGGCGAGGACCACCACGCUCAACGAGGAACUGGGCCAGAUCAAGUACAUCUUCAGCGACAAGACCGGCACCCUGACACAGAACAUCAUGACGUUCAACAGGUGCUCCAUCAACGGGAAAGCUUACGGGGAGCUGUUUGACUUUUCUGGUCAAAGGGUGGAAAUAACAGAGAAGACAGCGAGAGUGGACUUCUCCUGGAACCAGCUGGCUGAUCCAAAGUUCACCUUUCACGACCACAGUCUGUUGGAGACGGUGAGGGAGGGAAACCCGGAGGCUCAGGCCUUCUUCCGCUUGCUGGCUCUGUGCCACACCGUCAUGCCUGAGGAAAAGAAAGAGGGGGAGCUCUACUAUCAGGCUCAGUCUCCUGAUGAGGGCGCUCUGGUGACCGCAGCCAGAAACUUUGGGUUUGUGUUUCGCUCACGUACACCAGAGACCAUCACAGCCAUGGAGAUGGGCAGAACAGUCACCUAUGAACUUCUGGCUGUUCUCGACUUCAAUAAUGUGCGCAAGAGAAUGUCAGUCAUAGUGCGUAACCCCGAAGGCAAGUUGACUCUAUACUGCAAAGGAGCAGACACCAUCAUCUUUGAGAGACUGCACCCAUCCUGUAACAAACUGAAGGAAGCCACCAUCGGACACCUCAACGAGUAUGCAGGCGACGGCCUCCGUACACUGGCCCUGGCCUACAAGCCCUUGGAUGACAGCUACAUGGAUAAGUGGAGACAGCGCCACCACGAGGCCAGCACCGCCAUGGAGGGCCGAGAGGAGAGACUUGAUGAACUUUAUGAAGAGAUAGAGAAAGACUUGCUGCUGUUGGGAGCGACAGCUGUGGAGGACAAGCUGCAGGACGGCGUGCCACAGACCAUUGAGCAACUGGCUAAAGCUGACAUCAAAAUCUGGGUGUUGACUGGGGAUAAACAGGAGACUGCGGAGAACAUCGGCUAUUCCUGCAACAUGCUGAGGGAGGAGAUGAGGGAGAUUUUCGUUGUGGCGGCCAAUACGGCUGAAGGGGUCAAAGAGGAGCUACAGAAUGCUAGAAGGAAAAUGUGUCCAGAAGCCGCAGAGGAGCCAUCUGUGAAAAAGGCUCGCGCAGGCCUGUUUUGGCUUCAGAAGACCGAGACAGUGCAGGAUGAGAAGGUGGAUGGAGAUUAUGGCCUAGUUAUAAAUGGACACAGUCUGGCCUUUGCACUGGAGAAGAACCUGCAGCUGGAGCUGCUUAGGACAGCAUGCAUGUGUCAGACAGUGAUUUGCUGCAGGGUCACCCCGCUACAGAAGGCCCAGGUGGUUCAGCUGGUUAAGAAGUACAAGCAGGCUGUCACUCUGGCCAUUGGGGAUGGGGCCAACGAUGUCAGCAUGAUCAAGGCUGCCCACAUCGGCGUAGGUAUCAGCGGUCAGGAGGGCAUGCAGGCAGUUCUCUCCAGCGACUACUCCUUCGCCCAGUUCCGUUACCUUCAGCGCCUCCUGCUGGUGCACGGCCGCUGGUCCUACCUACGCAUGUGCAAGUUCCUCCAAUAUUUCUUUUACAAGAACUUCACCUUCACCUUUGUGCAUUUCUGGUACGCCUUCUUCUGCGGCUUCUCUGCACAGACUGUGUAUGACGAGUGGUUCAUCACCUUGUACAACAUGGUUUACACAGCUCUUCCUGUCCUCGGCAUGAGCAUCUUUGACCAGGAUGUGAAUGACCGCUGGAGUUUCCAGUAUCCUCAGCUCUACACUCCGGGCCAGCUGAACCAGUACUUCAGUAAGAAAGCCUUUGUGCUCUGUAUGAUGCACAGCUGCUACAGCUCCCUCAUCCUUUUCUUCAUCCCGUGGGCCGCCAUGCACGACACGGUCCGAGAUGACGGCAAAGACUUAGCCGACUAUCAGUCCUUUGCUUUAUUGGCACAGACCUGUCUGCUGAUUGUGAUGAACAUACAGCUAUGUCUGGACACCUAUUACUGGACAGCCGUGAACCAUUUUUUUAUAUGGGGCAGCCUGGCCGCUUACUUUGCCAUCACAUUAACCAUGUACAGCAAUGGCAUGUUUCUCAUCUUCACCUCCUCUUUUCCCUUCAUCGGCACCGCAAGAAACUCUCUGAACCAGCCUAACGUGUGGCUCACCAUAUUCCUGACUUCCCUUCUCUGUAUCCUGCCUGUGGUGGCUUCCCGCUUCGUUUUCAUUCAGCUUCGGCCCACCAUCAACGACAAGGUGAGACAGAAGGUGCGGAAGGAGGCACUGCCAGCUCCUGCACCUCGCCGUCCACCCGCCAGGCGUAUCAGCACCCGCCGGUCCGGCUACGCCUUCUCCCACGCCCAGGGCUACGGUGAUCUGGUGACAUCCCGGAGGUUCCUGCUGAAACUGAGGAGUCGACCGCCGCUGUUUACACAAACGGACUCUCCUCUGGCUCUGAAUGAGCCACAGCUCUACCGCACCAUCGCAGAGGAUCCAGAAGAGUCCCAGAGCCCUUAGACAGGGAGUUAUGACCGCAGCAGAGUGCGCGGGACCAGGAGAUCCUGUUUUUUAUUUUGGGAGAAAAGGGUAAAGUUCACCAUCUGGAACGGUUUUCCAGGUCAAACCUUGACACCUAAAAACUAAGUCUGACUUGAACUCGAGGUUUUUUUUUUCUAAUGGAUGUUAAUGUCACUGUGAAAAUGUUGAACUUUGGCAGCACAUCGAUUGUAAAAAAAAAAAAAAAAAGGCCGCACCAGUGAUUUUGCACGUUUUAGCUUAAUAAGUACAGCUCGCAUACAGUAUACUGCAGCCUACAUCACUGCUGACCAUUUUCCGAAGCAUACUAGGGUGUUUUAGAUAGUUUUUCUUCCUUCCAGAGAGAUAUUUGUUUCAAGUCCUUUCAUUGCAUUUACAAUCAACUUGUGGAGAAUCGCAUUAGCAAGGUAAUCAAUCAUAGCCGACAUUUAAUCGCCUUAAGUUUUGUCACUGUCGUGUCGUGAAUUGGUUUUUUCAUCGGGCAAGUCUUUUGAGAAACUGCAUUCAGGCACACUUGAUACUAAAAUAGCACUUUUUGAUUGCAAAAAAGGAGAGAUUAAAUUCACAUUUGGAUUUUUUUCAACAUAUCUCAUAGGUUUGUAAUGCUUUUCCAGUCCUUUAAAUCAACUUUAUUGUCUUCACACUUGCACACAGCAAAACUAGGGAAGAGGCUUAGGGCCACAUGUUAAAAAAUGUAUUUGAGUUCUAAGUGAAAAGUCAGAAUUGUGAGAUUAAACUCCGAAUUUGGACAUUAAACUUAGAAUUUAAAUAUAUUUUUGACAUUGGCAAAAAUCCUCUUCCGUACAAAACACAGCGUUGUCAUUACAGGAUAGAGAAACCUGUGAACAUUUUUGCAAGGUAAUUAAAAACAAGGUCGGCUGUUUUAGACCCUGUUAACAUACAGGACAACCACUGACUCCCAAAGGUAACAACCUUGAAUGCACUAACUAACAGUUAGUCCCUACUCACAGACAGUCUCUACUCACAGCUGCCAGAAGGAAACUGACCAUGUAGAUUCGACAAAAAUAAAAGUGUACAUUACCUAACUCAGACAUGAUUUAAUACUGUUGCUUUGGGACAUGGCUAGAAAUAUGAAAUAGCAUAAUAUAAUAUAUGCAGUAUGUACUUAUUCGGCUAAAACAUGCAAAACCAGAAACUGCAAUGAGAUUAAAUUUUUUGUAACGCACACCAAUUUUUUUUUAUUGUUGUAAUCUGUCGAUUUUUUUGAAAAUGAGGUUUAGAAAAAAUGUAAAGGUUCCCACUUGCUGAUCUGGAGAAACUGGAUUGCCACACUGCCUGCAACAUGAAGUUGCAUUGUGUAUCUUUUAAUCCCCCCCCCCCUCAUGUUAAUUGUCAAUACUCCCGGUGUCAUUCUGAGAGAAGAUAAAACUGUGAUUUCAGUUGAAAUCUACCUAUUUUCACUCUGUUGUUUACAUAAUUAUUUACAUGAAGAUUUUUUUUUUUAAACAUUGUUUUGUUAUU